AUGUCUACAACACAGCAGCAGGAGCAUCAGGGAGUUCCAGACAGACGCCUGGCAAAAGGACGGUUCAGCUGGGUUAGACGGUUGAUGCAGGGCCAAAGCAGACAAGCCGUUGCACCCUCCGGAUUGGGUGCCCCCAGAGGCAAUAUCUAUGAACCACGAAGUAGCCGAGGACUUUCUGGAGGUUCUGUAGCUGUAGCUGGUGGGAGUAGAAAAAGCAGAAGAGCAGCAGCAGCAAUAUCAAUCAAUGCUGGAUCUCAUUUAAACGAAGCGAACGAAAACGGUGAAGCUGAUGAUGACACGUACACUUACGACAGCGACAUGCAGUCGUUUGCCACAGAAGGUAGAAGCAGUAUUGGACAGAGAACGUCUGUUUCUGACAAUAUCAGUACUAUACCAUUGAAGCUGAUAACUUCUGCACAAUCUACUAAAUCGCCUUCUAUUCUUAGUGACGGAGUUCAAGACCAAAACUCAAUAAACGCCUCGACAGCGGAGACAUCCAUAACGCCAAGUGUCCAAACAACAACGCAUUUGUCCCCUUCCAACUAUACCACCCAUUUGGCUGUCGUGCCGAACGGACAGGAGAGAGACAUUGAGUCUAUUGUGACGUUGGCCAGUUCGACUCGCCGCAUACGCAGAAGAAGUAUUGACACCAACUGUAGCACUGCGGGGAUUCCGCCAGCGUCCAUCAUGGAACGUCUCUCAGUCCAGCCCACGGCUGCAAACAGCACCUAUGCUGUCAGCAUCAAGACCAAUGACAGAACCAGCCAGACAGAGCCUUCGCAGAGUAGCAUGUACGACUUCACUGACCAGACCAGCUCUGUGCGGAGCGACUACGGUGCCGAGGUAUCUGCAUAG